AUGCCAAAAAAUGUUCUCGAAAAUGCCGGUUUUGUAUCAGAGGAUUCUUUUGUUACCCAUGAUAUUGGCAGUCGAUUGCAAAUUGCUCUCGAAUUUAUUUUGCCAAAAACAACGAAAUGCAAAAUUGUUUUAUUAGAUGAGUAUAAAGAAUCAGGAAAUAUAAUAUUUCAAGUUGACUGGUAUGGCAAACGUUUUGGCUCCAAUGAAACCAGAGAACGCUGGCAUACUGGGCAACCGGAAAAAGCCUGCUCGAAAUAUAUAAAACAGCUUGCCGAAAGUAUUUCAAGAAAUAAUGCAAUCCGUUAUGAAUUGGUCCUAUCAACAGUAAAACAAAUUCGAGUCUUAGAUUUGCUUGAUGCGCUGCCUGCAUCAUCGGAAUCUGCACGGAGAUUACCUAACAUUGCAAUUGCAAUUACUGCAAUUAUUUGUAAUAAUUAA